CUAUUUUUAACACAAAGCGUAUUUGUGUGGGGGGAAGCCCUAAGACCGGCCCGUUCUUUUUCCGCUCUCCCUUGUUACCGUGGCAGCGUGCAUCUCUCUGCCUGCUGAAGAAUGAAGCAAGCUGGCAGUAGUAGUUUCUGGCUGUUGCUUUUGGGAUUACGGGAGAGGAGUCCACAGAGAAAUGUUUAUGGCAAGGAUGCCCUGCUGAGUUUAGACGGGUUGUUAUGUGUGACUUAUUCCAGCUAAAAAGAAAUGUUGAUGCUUUGCACAGCUGUACCACUCUGGAGGGGACUCUUUUGUACGAGCUUCUGCAUCCCACAAGCAGCAACAGGCCAAUGGCCACAUCUCCAGGGCAAUAGAAACAGAUGCAUCCAGACCAUGCAAGCAGCUGUUGACUGCACAACUGAUGGAAGAAUGAUGUGAUGGAGAUAAAUAUGGGCCAUUGGUCAGGUCCUUUGGCCCCUGCGUCUGGCCUUGUCUUCCUGCUUGUUCAGCUUUUGUCCCAAGUUUGCCAUGGCCUUCAAGGGACAAUCCCACUUGGAUUUCACUUCACACAUUCCAUGUACAAUGCUACAGUGUACGAGAACUCUGCAGCCAGGACCUAUCUCAAUAGCCAAAGUAGAAUGGGCAUUACUAUGGCAGACCUCUCCUGGGAUAUCAAAUACAGGAUAGUAUCCGGUGAUGAUGAAGGUUUUUUCAAAGCAGAGGAAGUUGUAAUAGCUGAUUUUUGUUUUCUUAGGAUAAGAACUAAAGGUGGGAAUUCUGCCAUAUUAAAUCGAGAGAUCCAGGACAACUAUUUAUUGAUAAUCAAGGGCACUGUUCGAGGAGAAGACUUGGAAGCAUGGACAAAAGUAAACAUACAGGUUUUAGACAUGAAUGAUUUACGGCCUUUAUUUUCGCCUACAACCUAUUCAGUAACAAUAGCAGAAAGUACUCCUUUAAGGACUAGUAUCGCACAGGUUACUGCAACGGAUGCUGACAUAGGUUCCAAUGGUGAAUUCUAUUACUACUUUAAAAAUAAAGUUGACCUCUUCUCUGUCCAUCCAACUAGCGGGGUGAUCUCUUUAAGCGGUCGGUUAAACUAUGAUGAGAAAAAUCGGUACGACCUUGAAGUUCUGGCUGUAGAUCGUGGGAUGAAACUUUAUGGUAAUAAUGGAGUUAGCAGCACUGCCAAACUUUAUAUACAUAUUGAACGUAUAAAUGAACAUGCCCCAACAAUCAGUGUAGUCACCCAUAUCCCCUUCCCUCUGGACAAGGAGCCUACAUAUGCUAUUGUUAAUAUUGAUGAUCUUGAUGAAGGUGCCAAUGGUGAGAUUGAAUCUGUUUUGAUUGUUGCUGGAGAUCCGUUGCAACACUUCGUUUUGGCUAAGGAGGGUAGAUGGAUGAAUGAAUACAAAAUAAAAGAGAAAAAGCCCAUUGACUGGGACAGUUUCCGCUAUGGUUUCAAUCUUACUCUCCAAGCAAAAGACAAGGGUUCCCCUCAGAAGUUUUCAGCUGUCAAGCUGGUCCACAUUGCCAGCCCCAAGAGAGAAAGCAACCCAGCAAAGUUUGAAAAGGAAGUAUAUGAUGUGGCCAUCAGUGAAUUCUCUCCUCCUGGAGUGGUUGUUGCUAUAGUUAAGCUAACGCCAGAACCUCAGGGGGAAGAAUAUAAAUUAUCUCCUAGUGAGGAUGCUGAGUAUUUUAAGAUUAAUCCCAGGACUGGUCUAAUUACCACAGCACACCCUUUAAAAAUUGUUGACAAGGAAUUUUACGAUUUAGAAGUAAUAAACAAAGCAGAGGACUUAAAAGCAAGGGUUACUGUUAGGCUAGAGGAUGCCAACGAUCACAUUCCAGAAUUUGCACAGCUUUCAUACAGCGCCUAUGUUAACGAAAGUGUCCCCGUGGAGACUAGCAUUUUGGCUGUUUCUGCAUAUGAUAAGGACCGGGGAGAAAAUGGCUAUAUUACCUACAGCAUUGCUAGUCUAAAUUCUCUCCCCUUUUCUAUCAACCAGUUUACUGGGGUGAUUAGUACAUCUGAAGAACUGGAUUUUGAAUCCUCCCCAGAGAGCUACAGGUUUAUUGUUAGGGCUUCAGACUGGGGCUCGCCUUACCGUCACGAAAGCGAGGUUAACGUCACAAUAUACAUAGGCAACGUGAAUGACAACAAGCCGCUUUUUGAAAAGGUGGCCUGCCAGGGGGUGAUUUCGUCUGACUUCCCCGUUGGUGGGCACAUCACAGCUGUGUCUGCUAUCGACAUAGAUGAGUUGGAGCUUGUGAAAUACAAAAUCAUGUCUGGUAAUGACCUGGGCUUUUUCUACCUGAAUCCAGACUCGGGGGUUCUACAACUCAAAAAGUCUCUAGUUAGUGCUGGUGUCAAAAACAAUAAUUUUGGACUUAGGAUAACGGCAACCGAUGGGGAGAAUUUUGCGGACUCCAUGUUUGUCAACAUUUCAGUGGUUCAUGGAAAAGUAUCUUCCAAGACGUUUAGCUGUAGAGAGACUAGGGUUGCCCAGAGGCUGGCGGAGAAAUUGCUCAAAAAGGCAAAAGCCAAUGUGAAACUAAAUUCGGAAGAUGGGUUCCUGGAUUUUUAUUCUGUGAAUAGGCAGGCCCCACACUUUGAUAAAUCAUUUCCUACUGAUGUAUCAGUCAGGGAGGACCUUCCUGUCGGUGCUACCAUAUUUAGAAUCAAGGCCUAUGAUGCUGAUUCUGGCUUUAAUGGGAAGGUGGUUUAUACCAUAUCAGAUGGCAACACAGAUAGCUGCUUUAAUCUUGAAAUGGAAACGGGGCUGCUUAAGGUCCUGUUGCCUAUGGACCGUGAGAAGACAGAGCUGUAUCUCCUUAACGUUACCAUUUAUGACUUAGGCAGCCCCCAGAAAGCCACAUGGAGACUAUUUACUAUAACUGUCGAAGACGCAAACGAUAACAGGCCUGUGUUUUUGCAGGAAAGUUAUUCGGUUAAUAUUUUGGAAAGUACAAGUAUUGGCGUGGAGAUUAUCCAGGUAGAGGCAAGAGACAGAGAUCUAGGGCCAAAUGGGGAGGUGACUUACUCCAUUUUGACAGACACACAGCAGUUCACGAUCAAUGGCUCUACAGGAGUAAUAUACGUGGGUGACCAUUUGGACAGAGAAUCCAAAGCAAAUUAUACAUUAAAAAUAGAAGCAAGAGACAGAGCAGAGAGUGGGCACCAGCAAUUCUCUGUGGUUCCUCUGAAGGUUUUUCUGGAUGAUGUGAAUGAUUGCUCUCCAGCUUUCAUACCCCCCAGCUAUAGUGUCAAAGUCCUGGAAGAUCUGCCUGUUGGGACUGUCAUUGCUUGGCUUGAAACUCAAGACCCAGAUCUUGGGCUUGGAGGGCAAGUUCGCUACUCUUUGGUGAAUGAUUACAAUGGGAGAUUUGAAAUCGACAAAGCCAGUGGUGCUAUCCGACUCAGCAAAGAACUUGACUAUGAGAAGCAGCAGUUCUACAACUUAACUGUGCGAGCAAAGGAUAAAGGGCGUCCAGUUUCUCUGUCCUCCGUUUCCUUUGUGGAAGUGGAAGUUGUGGAUGUGAAUGAAAAUCUCUACACCCCUUAUUUUUCCGACUUUGCAGUCAUUGGAUCUGUAAAGGAAAACUCGCGCAUCGGAACUAGCGUUUUGCAAGUGAUUGCUAGGGACGAUGAUGCCGGCAGGGAUGGUGAAAUCCAGUAUUCUAUCCGAGAUGGCAGUGGGCUUGGAAGAUUUAACAUCGACGAGGAAACUGGUGUAAUAUAUACUGCCGAUAUCCUAGAUCGAGAGACAACCCAAUCCUACUGGCUAACUGUGUAUGCAACCGAUCGUGGUGUUGUUCCACUUUAUACCACCAUUGAGGUCUAUGUUGAGGUUGAAGAUGUGAAUGACAAUGCCCCGUUGACAUCCGAACCCAUUUAUUACCCAUCUGUUAUGGAAAACUCUCCUAAGGAUGUAUCAGUUAUUCAGAUACAGGCUGAAGAUCCAGAUUCCAGUACAAAUGAAAAGCUGACCUAUAGGAUUACAAGUGGAAACCCCCAGAACUUUUUCAUCAUCAAUUCCAGAACAGGUCUCAUAACUACAACAUCUAGGAAACUGGAUCGUGAACAACAAGCAGAACAUUUUCUUGAGGUCACGGUAACUGAUGGAGGCGUCUCCCCAAAACAGUCUACAGUCUGGCUGGUGAUUCAAGUUCUAGACGAAAACGACAACAAGCCCCAGUUCCCGGAGAAGGUCUACCAGAUCAAAUUGCCUGAGAGGGACCGCAAGAAGAGAGGGGAGCCUAUCUACCGAGCCUUUGCCUUCGACAAGGAUGAAGGCUCCAAUGCAGAGAUUUCCUACAGCGUUGUGGAUGGAAAUGAUGAUGGGAAAUUUUUCAUUGACCCAAAGACUGGAAUGGUUUCUUCCAGAAAGCAGUUUACAUCUGGAAGCUACGACAUUUUAACCAUAAAAGCAGUGGACAAUGGCCGGCCGCAGAAAUCGUCAACCGCGCGCCUCCACAUUGAGUGGAUUAAGAAACCCCUGCCUUCUCCACUUCCGCUGACUUUUGAUGAGCCCUUCUACAACUUCACGGUCAUGGAAAGCGAUCGAGUCACCGAAAUUGUCGGCGUGGUCUCCGUGCAACCUGCCAACAUCCCUCUGUGGUUUGACAUAGUCGGUGGCAAGCAUGCUCGAGAGAUGUUCUAUAUCCUACAGACAGCUUGUGGGCAGAACUGCUCAACAGAAGGAGGGAAUGUCGACAGCGCUUUCGACGCAGACAAAGGUGUGGGGACCAUUGUCAUCGCAAAGCCCUUGGAUGCCGAACAAAGGUCGGUGUACAACAUGACCGUGGAGGUCACCGAUGGAACAAAUGUGGCAAGCACUCAGGUUCUAAUAAAAGUGUUGGACAACAACGACAAUGGCCCAGAGUUUUCCCACCCAAAUUACGAUGUUACAAUUUCUGAAGACAUCCUUCCCGACACUGAGAUCCUACAAGUCGAAGCCAUAGACAGAGAUGAGAAACACAAGCUCAGCUACAUCAUCCACAGCAGCAUCGACUCCAUCAGUGUGCGAAAGUUCAGAAUGGAUCCCAACACGGGUGUGCUGUACACGGCUGAGCGCUUAGACCAUGAAGCUCAAGAUAAGCACAUCCUAAAUGUAAUGGUUCGCGACCAAGAAUUCCCCUAUCGACGGAACUUGGCCAGAGUCAUUGUAAAUGUGGAGGAUUCCAAUGAUCACAGUCCCUACUUCACCAGUCCUUUGUAUGAAGCCUCUGUGUUUGAAUCAGCUGCUGUGGGAUCUGCAGUUUUGCAAGUCACUGCCUUGGACAAAGACAAAGGAGAAAAUGCAGAGCUGAUCUACUCUAUAGAAGCAGGGAACACUGGGAACACAUUCAAGAUUGAACCAGUCCUUGGCAUCAUCACAGUGUUGAAGGAACCGGACUUGACCACCAUGGGCCAGUUUGUUUUAUCCGUCAAAGUGACUGACCAGGGUUCUCCGCCAUUAUCAGCCACAGCAAUUGUCCGCAUAUCUGUGACCAUGUCAGACAAUUCCCACCCGAAAUUCACACACAAGGAAUGGCAAGCUGAAGUCAAUGAAAAUGUGGACUUUGGGACUUCAGUCAUCUUGGUCUCAGCAAUUAGCCAGUCUACGCUAGUCUAUGAGGUCAAGGAUGGAAACACGGAUGGAGCCUUUGCUAUAAACCCCUACUCUGGAGUCAUCACUAGUCAAAAGCCUCUCGAUUAUGAGCGCACUUCCUCUUACCAGCUCACAGUGCAAGCUACGAAUAUGGCAGGUAUGGCAUCAAAUGCCACUGUGAACAUCCAGAUUGUUGAUGAAAAUGACAACCCACCUGUCUUUCUUUCCUUGAAAUACCUGGGCAGCAUCAGUGAGGCAGCACCCAUAAACAGUAUAGUCCGGAGCUUAGGAAACAACCCGCUAGUGAUAAGAGCCACAGACGCUGACAGUAACCAAAAUGCUUUGCUUGUCUACCAGAUUGUUGAGUCCACAGCAAAGAAGUACUUCACAGUAGACUCCAGUACAGGCGCAAUUAGAACAAUUGCUGAUUUGGAUCAUGAGACCAUAGCACAUUUCCAUUUUCAUGUCCAUGUUCGAGACAGCGGCAAUCCACAGUUAACUGCAGAAAGUCCAGUUGAAGUUACCAUCGAUGUCACAGAUGUCAAUGAUAAUCCUCCAGUUUUCAGUCAGGCCAUGUUUGAGACCAUCUUGCUUCUUCCAACUUAUGUUGGGGUGGAGGUUCUUAAAAUCAAGGCAGCAGACCCUGAUUCAGAAGUCCCACCUGAAAUGACCUACAGCCUGAUCGAAGGCAACAUGGAGAAUUUUCUAAUUGAUUCUACUUCUGGGGUACUGACUAUAAAAAAUAAUACUCUUUCCAAAGAUCAUUACAUGCUUAUUGCAAAAGUAUCUGAUGGGAAAUUCUACAGCACUGCAAUCGUGACCAUAAUGGUGAAAGAAGCCAUGGAUAGUGGUCUCCACUUCACUCAAGGUUUUUAUUCCACAUCAAUUGCCGAAAACAGCACCAAUAUCACAAAGGUGGCAGUGGUCAACGCUGUUGGAAACCGCCUUAAUGAGCCCUUAAAAUACAGCAUAUUAAACCCAGGGAACAAAUUCAAGAUUAAAUCUACCUUGGGUGUCAUUCAAACUACUGGCAUUCCAUUUGACAGAGAAGAACAGGAAUUAUAUGAGCUGGUUGUUGAGGCUAGUCGUGAACUGGAUCACCUGCGGGUAGCCAGGGUGGUUGUCAGAGUUCAUAUUGAAGACAUCAAUGACAAUGCCCCAGUGUUUGUAGGUCUCCCAUACUAUGCUGCUGUACAAGUCGAGGCUGAUCCUGGUACCCUGAUAUACCGAGUGACAGCCAUUGAUAAAGAUAAGGGUGUGAACGGCGAUGUAUCCUACCUGCUGAAGGAGGACUAUGGGCACUUUGAAAUUGACAGAGGCACUGGCAGCGUCACGCUGAAAGCUGCUUUUAAUUCCGAUUUAUCCAACAUAGAGUAUUUAAUUAUUGUCAUUGCCAAAGAUGGAGGCUAUCCAUCACUGUCUGCAUCUGUAGAAUUGCCUAUUACGAUCGUUAACAAAGCAAUGCCCGUUUUUGACAAACCAUUCUAUGCAGCCUCUGUAAAUGAAGACGUUGAAAUGCACACCCCAAUUCUAAGCAUCAAUGCAACCAGCCCAGAGGGUCAAGGGAUCAUUUACAUCAUUGUAGACGGAGAUCCCUAUAAUCAAUUCAACAUUGAUUUUGACACUGGAGUCCUCAGUGUUAUCAGCCCAUUAGACUAUGAAGUAAGCCCCAUCUUCAAGCUGACAGUGAGAGCUAGUGAUGCACUCACUGGUGCCCGUGCUGAGGUCACAGUGGACUUAGUUAUCAAUGAUGUCAAUGACAACGCUCCAGUUUUUGAUCAUUUUGCAUACAAUUCCACCUUGUCUGAAGCAUCUUUAAUUGGGACUCCCGUCUUGCAGGUUGUUGCUACUGAUGCUGAUUCUGAGAAUAAUAAAAUCAUACAGUAUCAGAUUGUCCAGGACACUUUCAACAGCACAGAUUAUUUUCACAUUGAUGGCUCAAGUGGUCUGAUCCUAACCGCCCGCUUGUUGGACCAUGAGCUGAUGCAGCAAUGCAUUCUAAAAGUAAGGGCGACAGAUAAUGGAUUCCCACCUCUGAGUAGUGAAGUUCUGGUUAGCAUCUUUGUAACUGACAUGAAUGACAACCCUCCCAUUUUUAACCAGUUGAUAUAUGAGUCUUACGUCAGUGAGCUAGCUCCUCGGGGUCAUUUUGUGACUUGCGUCCAAGCGUCUGAUGCAGACAGCUCUGAUUUUGACCGGUUGGAGUACAGUAUCUUGUCUGGAAAUGACCGCACAAGUUUUAUAAUGGACAGCAAGAGUGGUGUCAUCACCCUUUCGAACCAUCGGAAGCAGAGGAUGGAGUCAAUGUACAGUUUGAAUGUUUCCGUCUCUGAUGGCUUGUUCACAAGCACAGCCCAGGUCCAUAUCCAGAUUCUUGGAGCUAACCUAUACAGUCCUGUGUUUACACAAAGUAUUUACGUGGCAGAAGUUAGAGAAAACGCAGCCCCUGGAACCAAAGUAAUUCACGUGAAAGCAACGGAUGGCGAUUCGGGCAUAUAUGGGCAAAUAAGCUAUUCGAUUAUAAAUGACUUUGCCAAGGAUCGUUUUGUGAUUGAUAACAAUGGACAGAUCAUCACGACUGAGAAACUUGAUCGAGAGAUCCCUUUAGAAGGCGACAUCACAAUAUUUUUGAGAGCCCUUGAUGGAGGAGGGAGAACCACCUUUUGCACCGUGCGAGUCAUAGUGGUGGAUGAGAAUGACAAUGCUCCCCAGUUCAUGACAGUGGAAUACAGAGCAAGUGUCAAAGCGGAUGUUGGGAAAGGUCAUUUAGUCACCCAGGUGCAAGCCGUUGACCCAGAUGAUGGGGCAAAUGCAAGAAUUACCUAUUCAUUGUACAGCGAAGCCUCAGUUUCUGUUGCAGAUCUGUUGGAAAUUGACCCCGACAAUGGAUGGAUGGUCACCAAGAGUAAUUUCAACCAGCUAAAAAACACAGUGCUCUCCUUCUUUGUCAAAGCAGUCGAUGGUGGCAUUCCUGUAAAGCAUUCCCUUAUCCCUGUGUACAUUCAUGUUUUACCUCCAGAAACCAUCUUGCCUUCCUUUUCCCAACCCCAAUAUUCCUUUACAGUCUCCGAAGACACAGUAAUAGGUAGUACCAUUGAUGUUCUACACGUUUUGCCUAAUCAGGGGGCCACUUACAGCACAGUUAAUGGUGAGCUGACAGGCAACAACAAGGAUGGAGUUUUCAUUAUAGAGCAAGACACUGGCCUCAUAAAACUAGAUAAAAGACUCGACCAUGAGACAAAUCCUGCAUUUCAUUUUAAAGUCGCUGCAACCGUACAGCUAGAUAAAGUGGACAUUGUGUUAACCGUGGAUGUGGACAUCAAAGUUUUGGACAUUAAUGACAACAAACCUGUGUUUGAGGCAGCCAGCUAUGAGGCCAUCAUAAUGGAAGGAAUGCCAAUAGGAACGAAACUGGUCCAAGUUAAAGCCGUUGAUGCAGAUUGGGGGGCAAACGGUCAGGUCACCUACUCUCUUUUAGCAGAGCCGGAUGCUGACAAAAUCACAGAGGUGUUCACCAUCGACAGCAACAGUGGCUGGAUCAGCACCUUGAAAGACUUGGACCAUGAGAAGAACCCUGCUUUUACCUUCGCAGUGGUGUCUUCAGACCUGGGAGAAAGCCUGUCCCUCUCAUCAACCACGUUGAUCUCUGUCACGGUGACAGACAUCAAUGACAACGCCCCAGUGUUUGAGCAUGAGAUGUACAGAGGGUCUGUGAAAGAGAGCAACUCACCAGGUGAAGUUGUGGCCAUUCUCAGCACUUGGGAUGAGGAUACGUCUGAUGUCAACCACCAAGUUAGCUACCAUAUUACAGGAGGGAACCCCAAAGGGAAAUUUGCCCUCGGCCUGGUACAGAAUGAAUGGAAGGUGUAUGUCAAGAGACCACUAGAUCGGGAAGAGCAGGACAUCUAUCUUCUGAACAUUACAGCUACUGAUGGGCUGUUCGUAACCCAGACUGCCGUGGAAGUGAUUGUCACAGACGUUAACGAUAACAGCCCCAUCUGUGAUCAGGUUACAUACAUGGCAUUAUUUCCUGAAGACAUUCCGCCAAAUAAGGUCAUCCUUAAAAUCGGCGCCAAAGACACAGACAUUGGAUCCAAUGGGGAAAUUCGCUAUUCACUGUAUGGCUCUGGGAACAACAAGUUUUUCUUAGAUCCAGAAAAUGGGGAACUCAAAACCUUAGCUCCAUUAGACCGUGAGAAGAUCCCUGUGUAUAACCUGAUCGCAAGGGCAACAGACGGGGGAGGCAGGUUCUGUCAGUCAGAAAUCCAUCUCCUUCUGGAAGACGUCAAUGAUAAUCCACCAGUGUUUUCCUCAGACCACUACACUGCAUGUGUCUAUGAGAACACGGCCACAAAAGCUUUGCUAACAAGAGUCCAAGCCAAUGAUCCUGAUGUAGGUGUGAAUAGGAAGAUUGUUUAUUCCCUAGAAGACUCGGCAGAAGGCUUUUUCUCUGUAGACAAGGCCUCAGGAAUCAUCAUUUUGGAACAUCCACUGGACAGAGAACUUCAGUCUUCCUAUAACGUCACUAUCAAAGCAUCCGACCAAAGCAUAGUCCAGACCCUGUCUUCCUUUGCCACUGUGACAAUUACAGUUUUAGACAUUAAUGACAAUCCUCCUGUGUUUGAAAGAAGAGACUAUCUGGUCACAGUUCCUGAGGACACCUCACCUAGUGCUGAAAUUCUCUCUGUGUUUGCCACAAGCAAAGACAUCGGUACAAAUGCAGAGAUUACCUACCUCAUCAGGUCUGGGAAUGAAAAAGGGAAAUUCAGGAUCAAUUCAAAGACAGGGUCCAUAUCUGUGAUUGAAGCUCUGGACUAUGAAACAUGCAAAGAUUUCUACCUGGUUAUCGAAGCCAAAGAUGGGGGUAGCCCAGCGCUGAGUGCAGUGACAACAGUGAAUAUAAAUGUGACGGAUGUUAAUGACAACGCGCCGCGGUUCAGUCAAGAGACCUACAGUGCUGUCAUCAGUGAGGAUGCAUCUGUUGGUGAUUCCCUGAUAACAUUAAUAGCUGAAGACCUGGACAGCCCUCCCAAUGGCCAGAUUCAUUUCUCCAUAAUCAAUGGGGAUCGAAACAAUGAGUUUUCAAUAGAUCCUAGCUUGGGACUUAUAAAGGUUAAAAAGAGAUUGGACCGAGAACGGGUGUCCGGAUAUUCAUUAGUCGUACAGGCAAGAGACAGUGGCAUCCCUCCUUUGUCGGCGUCUGUGACAGUCAAUGUUGACAUUUCUGAUGUGAAUGAUAAUAGCCCCGUAUUUACACCUGCGAACUAUACUGCUGUGAUUCAAGAAAAUAAACCAGUGGGAACAAGCAUUUUGCAGCUGGUGGUGACAGACAAAGACUCCCUGCACAACGGGCCCCCUUUCAUCUUCUCUGUUGUGGCGGGAAACGACGACGAGGAGUUUACGCUGGACCCACAAGGCAUCUUGCGAUCAGCAGUCAUUUUUAAGCACAUGGUAGCAACUGAAUACGUGCUCUGCGUUCAGGCAAAGGAUUCUGGGAAGCCUCAGCAAGUAUCCUACACCUACAUUCAGAUCCGGGUGAUUGAAGAAAGCAUCCACAAGCCAACCACCAUUCCUCUGGAGAUUUUUAUCGUUACUAUGGAGGACGACUUUCCAGGCGGCGUUAUCGGGAAGAUCCAUGCCACGGACCAAGAUGUGUAUGAUGUCCUCACCUACGGCUUGAAGUCAGAGCAGAAAAGUUUGUUCAAGGUCAACAACCAUGACGGAAAGAUCAUCGCCCUUGGAGGGUUGGACAGUGGGAAGUACGUACUCAAUGUAUCUGUCAGCGACGGGCGGUUCCAAGUGCCCAUGGACGUGACAGUCCACGUUGAACAGCUGAUGCAGGAGAUGCUUCAGAAUACAGUCACCAUCCGUUUCGAAAACGUGUCCCCCGAGGAUUUCGUGGGGCUCCACAUGCAUGGAUUCCGGCGCACCCUGCGCAAUGCCGUCCUCACCCAAAAGCAAGACAGCCUGCACAUCAUCAGCAUUCAGCCGGUGGCAGGCACCAAUCAGCUCGACAUGCUGUUUGCAGUUCAGAUGCACACCGGUGGCUUCUAUAAGCCUGCCUACUUGAUUCAGAAGCUCACCAAUGCAAGGCGACAUUUGGAAAAUGUGAUUCGCAUCUCAGCGAUUCUGGAGAAGAAUUGCUCUGGACUGGAUUGUCAGGAGCAGCACUGCGAGCAAAGCCUGUCUAUCGAUUCCCAUUCCCUGAUGACCUACAGCACAGCGCGGAUUAGUUUUGUAUGCCCCCGGUUCUACCGAAACGUGCGCUGCUCUUGUGAUGGAGGAUUGUGUCCAGGCUCUAGUGAUCCCUGCACAGAUAAACCUUGCCCAGGGGAUAUGCAAUGUGUGGGCUACGAAAUCAACCGGAGGCCUUUCAUCUGCCAGUGCCCUCCCGGAAAACUCGGAGAGUGCUCAGGACACACUUCCCUUAGCUUUGCUGGGAAUAGUUACAUCAAAUACCGAGUUUCUGAAAAUAGCAAGAAGGAGGAAUUCAAGUUGGCGCUGCGUCUGCGGACUCUGCAAAGCAAUGGGAUUAUAAUGUACACCAGAGCAAAUCCCUGUAUAAUUCUGAAGAUUGUGGAUGGCAAACUGUGGUUCCAGUUGGACUGUGGGAUCGGCCCAGGCAUCCUUGGAAUUUCGGGCAGGGCCGUUAACGACGGGAGCUGGCACUCCGUCUUCCUCGAGCUGAACCGGAACUUCACCAGCCUCUCGCUCGACGACAGCUACGUGGAGAGGCGCAAGGCCCCGCUGUACUUCCAGACGCUGAGCACUGAUAGCUCCGUGUACUUUGGAGCGCAAGUGCAGGUGGACAACGUCCGGAGCCUGACCGACAAGAGGACGACGCAGGUCCUCAGCGGCUUCCAGGGCUGCCUGGAUUCCGUCAUCCUGAACAACAAUGAGCUGCCACUCCAGAACAAACGCAGCAGCUUUGCAGAAGUGGUCGGCCUGACCGAACUGAAGCUGGGCUGUGUGCUCUAUCCUGAUGCUUGUGAGAGGAGCCCUUGCCAGAAUGGAGGGACUUGUACCAGUGUGCCAUCUGGUGGUUAUCAGUGCAGUUGCCUCUCACAGUUCACAGGGCGGAACUGUGAAUCAGAGAUCACAGCUUGCUUUCCGAAUCCUUGUCGCAAUGGAGGCUCCUGUGACCCCAUCGGCAGCGCCUUCAUCUGCACUUGCAAGAGCGGAUUGGCAGGAGUGACGUGUGAGGAAGAUAUUAACGAAUGUGAGAGGGAGGAGUGUGAAAAUGGUGGCUCUUGUGUCAACGUAUUUGGUUCAUUCUUGUGUAACUGCACGCCGGGAUAUGUGGGUCAGCACUGUGGGCUGAGGCCUGUGGUUGUCCCCAACAUCCAAGCUGGACAUUCUUACGUGGGCAAAGAGGAACUGAUCGGUAUUGCUGUGGUCCUUUUCAUCAUCUUCAUGCUGAUCGUCCUCUUCAUCGUCUUCCGCAAGAAAGUCUUCAGAAAGAACUAUUCCCGCAACAACAUCACCUUGGUUCAGGAUCCUGCGACUGCCACCCUGCUUCACAAAAGCAAUGGGAUUCAGUUCAAAAACAUGAGGAACAGUGGAGACAGUCGCAACAUCUAUCAAGAAGUGGGGCCCCCUCAGGUCCCUGUGAGGCCAAUGGCCUACACCCCUUGCUUUCAGAGUGACUCCAGAAACAAUUUGGACAAGAUCGUUGAUGGACUUGGGGUGGAGCAUCAGGAGAUGACAACUUUCCAUCCAGAGUCACCCCGGAUCCUAACGGCAAGGAGGGGUGUCGUCGUGUGCAGUGUGGCCCCCAACCUACCAGCUGUCUCUCCGUGCCGUUCUGAUUGUGACUCCAUCAGGAAGACCUGGGAAAACGGCACUGAAAGCAAAGGCGUUGAUGACUUGGAAGAAGUGACCUGUUUUUCAGGAAGUAACAAAGGCAGCAACUCUGAAGUUCAGUCUCUCAGCUCUUACCAGUCGGACUCCGGUGAUGACAAUGCUUCCAUAGUGACUGUCAUACAGCUUGUCAACAAUGUAGUUGACACUAUAGAAAAUGAAGUGUCUGGUAUGGAUCAAGGACAGAAUUACAACAGAGCAUAUCACUGGGACACCUCCGAUUGGAUGCCAAGUGCUCGCUUAUCUGACAUUGAGGAAGUGCCCAAUUACGAAACAGCAGAUGGCAGCUCAGUGCAUCAUGGGAGCACAAGAGAGCUGGAAACAGAUUACUAUCUUGGCGGCUACGAUAUUGACAGUGACUACCCUCCACCACACGAGGAGGAGUUUUUAAACCAGGACCAGUUACCGCCUCCCCUCCCCGAGGACUACUCUGAUCAGUACGAAGCCCUUCCUCCAUCACAGCCAGUCUCCAUGGCCAGCACACUUAGCCCAGGUUGCCGGCGACGACCACAGUUCCACCCAAGUCAAUAUCUCCCUCCGCAUCAGUUCCCCAAUGAGGUGGACAAUGGCGGGUCUCAGACUGGGAAUGAAUUUAGUACUUUUGGUGUUGGCCCAGGACCCAACACGGAGAACAUUAGCAUGGCGAAGAAGCCCCUAUCCUUACACAAUUCCCUGGAUGCAUCCUCGUCCGAUGUUUCAGCAGGCUGCGGCUUUGAUGACUCUGAAGUAGCCGUGAGUGACUAUGAAAGCAUUGAGGAGCUCCACUUGGAUCAUCAUCACAUUCACAUUCCCUUUGUGGAGACCCACCACCAGACCCAAGUGUGAAGGAACUGAUUUUUUGUGGGUGAUGUUGUUACUGUCGUUUGGUCCCAUCCAUAGCAUAACUGUUAAGAAGACAUUUUUGCUAAGAAAAUAGAUCUUUAUUAUGUAUAUGUGUGUGCAUAUAGACACACACAUAUAUGCAUCAUUGGGCAAGAUGGAAAUAUAGCAUAACCCAUUUUUAACCCUGUCAAGAAAUCUACAAAAGGUCAACCCAGAAUACUGGUUCCUGAGGCCAGCAGUCCGUCCGCCUUUAGAGUUGACUUCUGCUGUUGAUUGCCAAUGGAGAGGUUUCCCCAGGAGGGACGUAGUUUAGCGAUGGACUGCAAUUUCCUCUUCCCAUUUUUGUGCUAUGAAAAGCUUUACAAGACUAAACCAUGUGCAGUAUUAAAUAAACGUAUUUAAUAAAUAUGUUAUAAA